AUGGAUUCUUCCGAUGAUGACGUGAUGGAUUAUUCCGAUGGUGACGUGCUGGAAAACGAAUCAGGGGAGGAUCAUUUGUACAGUGAAGAAGAAGGGGACGAUCUCGAUUAUGGAUUCGCCGAGGAUACAUCCAAACGAUCUCAGGUCAUAAGUCCUUACGUAGUUCUCAAAGAAGAAGAGAUUCGCAAGCAUCAAAGAGACGAUAUCGAACAAGUUUCUUCGGUUCUCUCGAUAAGCCAAGUGGAAGCGAUCGUUCUGCUUCUUCACUAUCAAUGGAGUGUUAGUAAAGUGCAAGAUGAAUGGUUUACGGACGAAGAAAGAGUCCGUAAAAGCGUUGGUCUAUUGAAGGAUCCUGUCGUUGAUCUUAAUGGUAAAGAAAUGAAUAGUAUUGAUUGUGGAAUUUGCUUUGAGUCAUAUCUUCCAAAGGAAAUCGCAACGGUUUCUUGUGGUCAUCCUUAUUGCAAAGCUUGUUGGACCGGUUACAUGAGUUCGAAAAUCGACGAUGGUCCGGGAUGUUUAUUGGUCAAUUGUCCCGAGCCUUCUUGUUCUGCUGUGGUUGGUCAAGAUAUGAUCGACAAGGUUGUGUCUAAGGAAGAAGACAAGGAGAAGUAUCAUAGAUAUUUUCUUAGGUCUUACGUCGAAGCGAGUGGAAAAAAGAUAAAAUGGUGUCCAUCACCGGGAUGCGAAUACGCUAUUGAUUUUGCAAGUGGAAGUGGAGGAGGUGAAAACUGUGAUGUUUCUUGUUUGUGUUCUUAUGAUUUUUGCUGGAAUUGCAGUGAAGAUGCUCACCGUCCUGUGGACUGCGACACGGUGUCAAAAUGGAUACUGAAGAACAGUGAUGAAUCCGAGAACACGAAUUGGAUACUUGCGAAUACAAAGCCUUGCCCUAAAUGCAACCGUCAGAUCGAGAAGAACCAGGGAUGUAACCAUAUGCGUUGCUCAAUCUGUAACUUUAGGUUUUGUUGGAAUUGUCUCUGUGGACUUGAAGGUCACAAGCAUUGCAACAAUUUUAAAGGAAGUGAUGAGACUGAAACUAAGAGAAAAAGGGCGAAAAGUGCGAUCGAUAGAUACAUGCAUUAUUAUGAAAGAUGGGCAAGCAACCAAUCUUCGAGGCUAAAGGCUAUGGCAGAUUUGGAGAAUUGGCGAUCGGUGCAGCUUCAGAAGCUAAGUCUCAAACAAAGCGCACCAGAAACUCAGCUCCAAUUUACCAUAGAGGCAUGGCUUCAGAUCAUCGAAUGUAGGAGGGUGUUGAAAUGGACAUAUGCAUAUGGUUACUACCUUCCUGAACAGGAACGAACCAAGCGACAAUUUUUCGAGUAUUUGCAAAGUGAGGCUGAAGCUGGCCUGGAGAGGCUUCAUCAUUGUGCAGAGAUGGAGUCGAAACCGUUUGUCAUCAAAGCUGAAGAUCCACUUAAUAAGUUCAAUGAUUUCCGCACGAAACUAAUUGGUUUGACUAAAGUAACCAAAACCUACUUCGAAAAUCUGGUUAAAGCUUUGGAAAAUGGUCUUGCUGAUGUGGCAGUUAAUGAGAGCAAACCAAAAACAAACUCCAAACCUCCUACCAAAAGACAAAAGCUGGCAUGA